GGAGAGACAACAAGUACCACGCAACGAUAAGCUCCAAGAAUCUGUCAGAGAAUCCAAUCGCCAUGGCAGUCACAGCAUUCAACACACUGAAACUUACAUCGUCGCCUCGAGAUUCGUUUCCUUCAAUCUCCUCUUCAACUUCUUAUUCGGUGUCUCUGAUAAGCGGAGGUAUCAGAAACUCUGUCGGAUCUCCUUUAAAGAGAUGUCUAAAGCAGACAUGUUCUGUUCGAGCCAUGUCUUCUUCUUCUUCAUUCGGAUCGGGAAUGGAGGAGAGCGUGAAGACAACUGUGAAUGAUAACACUGUCGUUGUUUACUCCAAAACUUGGUGCCCAUACUGUUCUGAAGUGAAGACAUUGUUCAAGAGACUUGGAGUUCAGCCACUGGUUGUUGAAUUGGAUAAACUUGGUCCAGAAGGGACACAACUGCAGAAGGUACUUGAAAAACUUACUGGUCAACGCACUGUUCCUAAUGUGUUCGUUGGAGGCAAGCACAUUGGUGGCUGCACAGAUACAGUUAAGCUGAACAGGAAAGGAGAACUGGAACUGAUGUUAGCUGAAGCCAACGGUAAAACCGAUCAGACUUGA